GACGUGUUGUCACUUGUCAGCCACCUCAUCGGUUAUUGGAAACAGCACUUGUUUUAUUUAUAAAAAAAUAAUAAUUUAUGUAUUAUUCAACAAAUCUGUUAAGAAGCAUAUUUAAGAAUGAACUUCAGGUUUAAUUUGUGUUUACUUUGUAUAUAUUUUGUUAACGUAGAAUGUAUUAUGUGGACAUUGAAACCCAACACACAAAAAUGUUUAAAAGAAGAAUUGCAAGGAAAUGUACCAGUUAUUGGGGAGUUCGAAGUUUCUGAGGCAAUGGGUCAAAAAGUUGACUGUGUCGUUAGGGACUCGAAAGGACAUAUUUUAUAUCAGAGAGAAGACAUUACAAAAGGAAAACUCACAUUCAACACGGAAAGUUACGACACGUACGAGAUUUGUUUUAUUUCUCGUGUUUCUCAAAAUGUAAGAGGUAUUGGACAAGAUGUGUCUUUAGUAACAAAACAUGGAGUUGAAACGAAAAAUUAUGAAGUGUUAGGUGAAGCUGCACAACUAAAACCCAUAGAAAAGGAAUUAAAAAGAUUAGAGGAUUUGUCAAAUGAAAUUGUCCAAGACUUUGCUCUUAUGAGGAAGAGGGAGGAAGAGAUGAGAGAUACAAAUGAGUCAACAAACAGUAGGGUAUUGUACUUCUCAGUGUUUUCAAUGUGUUGUCUGUUGGGAUUGGCUACUUGGCAAGUUCUCUAUUUAAGAAGAUACUUCAAAGCAAAAAAAUUAAUUGAAUAGUUUUUGCCAAACAUCAAUGCCACUGAUUAUUUUGUUUUGUUGUAAUAUUUAAAUAUAACUUUUUCUCGAAGUUUUGUACAUUAUUGGACUAAUUUUUGUACCUAAAUUAUUUUCCUGAAAUAAAUGUGUUUGGGACACUUGA